AUGGAGGCAGAGCUUGAGCAGACCGUGAUGCGGCCAGAUGCGGGCGCGCGGGGCCACGGCGGCAGUGGCGGCCGAGCUGGGGAGCUGCGCGCGUGCGUGGAGAGCGGCAGGGGCAGGCUUGCGGGAGCGCGUGCUGGCGCCGUGGCUUGCGCGGACGCGCGCGUGGAGGGCCCUGGCAGCGGCGGCGUGGAGCGGCUCGGUGGGCGUGUGGCCGGGAGCCUGCGCGUGGUGUGGGGCGGAAGGAGGUGGCCGGCGGUGGCUGGUGACUGUUGUGCUGCUGCGGGGGGCGCGGGCGAGUUAGGCGAGCGAGGGGCGGCGGCGUCCAGGUUUGCUUGGCCAGCAGGGAUGCAGGCACGCGCGGGGAGCUGCUGCAGCGUGGAACGAGGCGGAGGCGGCUCGAUGAUGGCGGCGGGAGCGCAGCGCUGCGCAGAGGUGAACGAGGCCAGGGAGCAGGAGGUCAACACGCAGGAGCAGGUGGGGUUCGUCCACGAACGAACACGAAGAACAGCUCGAAAAUAG